AAGCCCCAAAUUUCAAAGGUGUUUAUAAAAGGACCAACGCUCAACUGCUUCACCUUUCUGGUUAUUUUUUUUUUUCAGAAGAAAACUCAAAAAUGGCGAAAUCUCAGAUCUGCUUCUUCGUCGGAACCCUAGCUUUGCUCCUCGUUUCAUCGGCUUUUGCCGACGAUGUCGUCGUUUUGACAGAGGAGAACUUCGAUAAGGAGGUUGGUCAAGAUCGUGGUGCUCUCGUUGAAUUUUACGCUCCUUGGUGUGGUCACUGUAAGAAGCUCGCCCCAGAGUUUGAAAAGCUCGGUGCAAGUUUCAAAAAGGCCAAAUCUGUUUUGAUUGGAAAGGUGGAUUGUGAUGAGCACAAAAGCCUGUGCAGCAAAUAUGAUGUUUCAGGAUACCCCACAAUUAAGUGGUUUCCAAAAGGAUCCUUGGAACCCAAGAAAUAUGAAGGUGCACGUACAGCUGAGGCACUUGCUGAGUAUGUUAACUCUGAAGGAGGGACCAAUGUGAAGAUUGCUACUACGCCUUCAAAUGUGGUGGUACUAUCUACAGAUAACUUUGAUGAAGUUGUCAUGGAUAAAUCAAAAGAUGUUCUUGUUGAGUUCUAUGCCCCAUGGUGUGGUCACUGCAAGGCAUUGGCUCCUACUUACGAAAAGGUUGCUACUGCAUUUAAAUCGGAAGAUGUGGUGAUUGCAAGCCUUGAUGCUGACAAAUACAAAGAUUUGGGAGAGAAAUAUGGCAUAAGUGGCUUCCCAACUUUGAAAUUCUUCCCCAAGAGCAACAAGGAUGGUGAAGAUUACGAUGGUGGUCGAGAUUUGGAGGACUUUGUUAGUUUUAUCAAUGAGAAGUGUGGCACCAGCCGUGACAGUAAGGGCCAACUUACCACACAGGCUGGUAUCAUUGCAUCCUUGGAAAACCUGGUGAAGGAAUUUGUAAGUGCAACCGCUGAUGAGAAGAAGGCUGUCUUUAACAAAUUGGAGGAAGAAGUUGGGAAGCUUGAAGGCUCCGCGGCAAGGUACGGAAAGAUCUAUACUAAGGCUGCCAAGAGCUCCUUGGAAAAGGGUGCCGACUAUGCUACAAAGGAAAUCCAGAGACUUGAGCGCAUUCUUAGCAAGGCCAUCAGCUCGGCAAAGUCUGAUGAGUUCACUCUAAAGAAGAAUAUCUUGUCCCUUUUUGCCGCUUGAUCAGCUGGCUAUUACGUAUGAUGUUAGUUGAACAUUCAUACCCCGAGGGCUGAUAUUGCAGAUACUAUUUUCGCUUGGGGGAGAGGUUUAUCAGUAGUGUUGAUGGUGCACAUUGUUUGCUGCACAGUUUUGCUCCUAGAGCAGCUUAACAGUACUUGUAGAAUCUAUAGUUUUGGUCACACUAGAUAUAAUAACACUUCUUGGAGGAACGUUGACUUUGUCUUGCUUCUCUGAUCCAUUUUGUUACCCCUUUUAUACGAAGUGAACUUCAACUAUCAUAUGAAUCAACCUACAAUUUAAGACA